AUGCGCCCGGCGGUGCUCCAGAGUCGUACGGAUGGCCACGCCCUGAGAUCAAUUGGUUCUUUGGUCACUAGAUCUCAGGCGUCAAAGGCUCGUUUGGCUGCUAGGUUUCCUAUCUCACGCUCCCUGAACACCUCCUUUUGCCAUCCCCUGCCCCGGCGUGCUUACGGUCCCGCCCCCAAUGUCUCAACCCAAAUCCGGUUCCUAUCCGACAACACAGCUGCCAGAGCUGCUCUCAAGCCGCGGUCGAGGAUCCUAGUAGCUCUUUACAAGACGUUCACCUACUGUGGUUUCUUUGUUAUUGGUACCAGCGCCGUUGUCAUCGCCUUCUUCGUCUACGAUGCUAGCACAUACCGCGAGACCCCCAGCGCGAUGGACAUCCCUGUCUCCGAAUUAGCGCUCAAUCCGCGUCGCGGUGGUCCCAAGAACCUUCCCAUUGCGGAUAUUCUCGUGGGUGACUACGAUUCGGAAUAUAUGAUCGAGCAAAAGGACAAGCCUCGUUUGGUGAUCCUGGGUACUGGCUGGGGUAGCAUUGCGCUGCUAAAGAACCUGAACCCGGGUGACUAUCACGUUACUGUUGUUUCCCCCACUAACUACUUUCUGUUCACUCCCAUGUUGCCCUCCGCCACAGUAGGCACUCUUGGUCUUCGAUCACUGGUUGAACCAGUGCGGCGCAUCAUCGACCGUGUCCACGGUCAUUUCUUGAAGGCUUCUGCGACGGAUGUCGACUUCUCCUACAAAUUGGUUGAGGUUUCGCAAAUUGACCAGGAUGGAAACCAGCAAAAUUUCUACCUUCCGUAUGAUAAGCUUGUUAUUGGAGUUGGUUGCGUCACAAACCCACACGGUGUCAAGGGCCUCGAGAACUGCAACUUCCUGAAGACAAUUGACGACGCUCGCCGGAUCAAGAACAAGGUGCUAGACAACAUGGAACAGGCCUGUCUGCCUACUACCACUGACGAGGAGCGCCGGCGUCUGUUGUCUUUCGUUGUCUGCGGCGGUGGCCCGACUGGUGUCGAAUUUGCUGCUGAAUUAUUCGAUCUGCUCAAUGAGGACCUGCUCCAUUCCUUCCCUCGUAUCGUCCGCAACGAGAUCUCGGUUCACAUCAUCCAGAGCCGAAGUCAUAUCCUCAACACUUAUGAUGAAGCACUUUCCAAGUAUGCCGAGGGCCGCUUUUCUCGCGACGGCGUUGAAGUAUUGACCAAUGCCCGAGUAAAGGAGGUCCAGAAAGACCGCGUACUUUUCAGUCAGGUCGAAGAUGGUAAAACGGUUGUCAAGGAAAUCCCUACCGGAUUCUGUCUAUGGUCGACUGGCGUCUCUCGUGCCGAGAUCUGCGAGACACUCUCCAACAAACUAGAAGGACAAAGCAACAAGCACGCCCUGGAAACCGACUCCCAUCUUCGCCUGAUUGGUGCUCCUCUGGGUGACGUCUACGCCAUCGGUGACUGCUCCACCGUUCAGAACAACCUCGCCGAUAACAUCAUCAGGUUCCUGCGCACCAUCGCCUGGGAGAAGGGCCGUGACCCCGAGAAAGUGCAGCUGACCUUCACCGAGUGGCGUGACGUCGCCAACCGCGUGAAGAAGCGUUUCCCGCAAGCCUCGAACCAUCUCCGCCGGCUGGACCGUCUCUUCGAGCAGUACGACUUCGACCACUCCGGCACCCUCGACUACGGCGAACUCUCCGAACUCCUCCACCAAAUCGACACCAAGCUCACCUCCUUGCCUGCCACUGCUCAGCGCGCUAAUCAGCAAGGCAUGUAUCUAGGCCACAAGCUGACCAAGAUUGCUGCCGCCCUGCCUGGUCUCAAGGCUAAUGAGAUCGACUACGGUGACCUGGACGAGGCUGUGUACAAGGCGUUCAGGUACAAGCACCUUGGCAGCCUGGCGUACAUUAGCAACGCUGCUAUCUUCGACUUCGGUGGCUUGAGCUUCAGCGGCGGCGUUAUUGCCAUGUAUCUUUGGCGCAGCAUUUACUUCGCGCAGAGUGUCAGCUUCCGCACGCGUUGUAUGCUGGCGAUGGAUUGGGCCAAGCGUGCUCUCUUUGGAAGAGAUCUUAUGAGCUUUUAA